UGACGUUGACUCACUAUUGCUUGGUCAUUCCGUUUGCCUCUCCGUUGGAAGCUUGUGUCUCUGCCAUCUUGACUGGUGGUGGAAUGUAAGAGGUCACCCGGAAACCCUUGGGGGACAGUAGUCUUCCUUCAAGUCUGCGGUGAUCUUUCGGAAAUUUUGGGUGCCAACGCGCCACGAUAAACCGGGUAGUAGGUGGGGAUAGAAAGCAUGACGUGGUAUUAAAGUGACGGAGAUGGGAAUGCGCGUUGGGAUAUGAUUUGGGAGUUCAGUCGGAUCUAUAGAGCAUAGGGGAAGAGGGGGAGCUGGGCAUUAGGGGAUCAGAAGAAAAGGCCUUGUGAUAAAAUGUCCGCAAGGUCGACGCCCACAGCGGCGAGGACCAGCUCGACCUCCCUAUUCUCACCAACCGGAUCCAGCAUGACCGAUUCGAGCAUACCCAAACCAAAAACAAGAGGUUCCUAUGGAUUUCCAUCCCUCGGUCAAUCAAGUAGAAGAGCUUCAGGGAACACCGUUCCUGCUGUGUCCAGGAAGGCAUCUGGCACCAGUACCGUUGGGGCGACUGCACCGUCUAUGGCUCGUCGGGUGUCGAGCCACAGCGCUUCUGGGACUGCCACCCCGCGUUCACGGAGGAAUAACGGGCUAGGGACCACGUCCAAGCUUUUGGAGAAUGUAGCGGAGAAUGAUUGGGCGGCUAUGGAUCCUGAUGAGGUAUUCCGAAGGCUUGGUGUAGCGGACGUCAGGAGAGUAGAGGCGACUAUGAGGGCAGACGCCGCAAACAAGCAGAGCGAAUUGAGGUCAAUGGUCGGCACACGGUAUCGUGAUCUACUCACUUCAGCCACGCAGAUCACGUCGCUGCGCGAAUCCUCCCUGCAUCUCUCUUCGUCUCUGAAGUCUGUUGCGCAGGCAUGUCUGGACCCAACAGAUCUUGAAAAUGGAGGAAGGACAAGUGACGCUGGUGAUCAGAAUGAGACAGAGGAGAUCAUGAGCUUGCUACCUAUAGCUGCCCAUAUGAAGCUGCUCCUGGACGCUCCGGAGGCUCUGUAUGCUCACCUCGCCCGCCGGGAUUAUCUCAAAGCUGCUUUUCUGUGGCUCGUUGCUCGAGCUACUAAAGAGGGUCUGUCGUCGAUAAAUGACUCACACCAGGCGUACACGCCUCUGCUGGAGAAACAGUGGGACCUUUUACUACCAUUUCGAUCGCAAAUAUCUCAACGAGCUGCGGCGGAUCUGAGGCAAACCUCUUCGUUGAAUUCACAAACCCUGUCAGAGACUAUCUUGGCCAUCAUACUUCUCGAUAACCUCCCCAUGCCAGAAGCUCUUUCCCUAUUCCUGUCUCAACGCUCAAAGCACUGCCACGAUAUUCUCGCGAAAUCAUCGAACCACUCCAAAUUCAGGCACCCAUCAAAGCAGCUCUCCCUCACUGCUGCCACGUCUGCCUCUUCGGUACCUGCGGGCCAGAAUAUCGACAAAACAUUGUCCGAAUCAGUCUCCGUCAUGAUCGCUACGGAGCGCCUUGCUCAAGAAUGUUUUGGUUUGGAGGGCGAUGCAAUGGAGAGUCUGCUAGGUAAAAUGAUUCGACUGGUGCAGCACGGCGAACCAUCGCAACCUGCGCGGACUCCGAACCCUGCCGCUCAAUCGACUGUCUCACAUCGCAGAGCAUCACGUCUAGCGUCAUUCUCAACACCGAUACAGAAAGUCAACAUCUCUGCCGAUGGGCCGCCAAUGUCAAGUGCCAGGGUCCUCCAAGAUCUUCCAUCUCAUCAGAUCUUACUAAGGCAUCUGCCGUCGUCAAUCGUCAGCUACACGCCUUUCAUAGCGCCGUCGUCGACCCCUGACCUGAAAACUAGCCUGAGUUCGUGGAUCAAAGAGACGACGCAAUUGCUUCAGGAAUCGUUACCUGUCUGGUUCGACGGCUUGUCGUCAAUAGCUGAGAUCUGGAAGACACGUUGUGCCAUCUGUGCGCUACUGAAGGAGAGCGAAUUGGAGACACAGAUCAAGAAUGUUCUCGAACUUGAAAGUGACAAGCGGAUCCAGGCUGUCUGGACCAACAACCUUCGGGAACUCGUUACAUUAGCGGAGACACAAGUGAGAUUGGCACUCGAGCAGUUGCGCUCCGGCGGACCACAGCCAGACCGGAUACCAGACGACUUCACCUUUGUAGAUCUCCCUUUCCCUGCUGCCACCUCUAUGGCUCUCUCGUCUGCCAAUAGCUUGAACGGAUUCCUGUCUGCUGUUCGAAAACGCAAGUUGGGUAGGACACCACUUCUCGACUCGGUCGUUUCAUCACUCGAGUCCGCCGCCAAGACCUUGCAUGACGAUUCGCAGGGUCUACCAGAUGCUAUCUUUAGCUCUUACGCCGAGCAAGUUCAACAGACCCAAAGGAAGCUCGUCGGCACACUCAGCGCUGCCUUGGAGAGCUCGUCAGAUUCCGAAGCUAUUGCCAAGGUCGAUGCGGAGUUGUUGAUCGGUCGGGUGGCACUGUUUCUCGCGAAAUCCUCCUCUUUCCUGCCUGAUCUAUACAUGAACACCGUUGACUCAGGACCUGCAGUCGAUGAGCUUGUGAAAUUGCACAUCACCUCUGUGCAGACUUGGAGAAAGGAAGCGAUCGAAGAGGCGAUCAGGCAGAUCAAGACGAUUUUCGAUCCCCAAAUUGGCCCAUCGGAGAUCCAAGCAAUGUGGCAAGGACCGCAUCCCACGUCUCCAUCCGCAGGUAUCAUGUCGGCGCUUUCCGCUCUCGUCAAGGCGACUCGCAGACUAGGCAUACCUAACGGGGUCGACACUCGAGUCGUCGUACAACUCAUGGACGAGUUCCUUCCGACAGCGAUAGGUCUCCAGCAGUGGAUGGGGAUGGAGAGGGAGAGUGCCGCUCAGGCAGUCUUCGAUCUGGGUUUCUUGAUUUUGAUCAAAGGGGACAACGUGGCAUCCAGCGAGACUAUCAAAAGACAUUUAGCGAGGAUCCCAUCGACCGUCCCUUCCUCAUUCGCCUCAGAUCUACCGGAUCUCCUCGUCGAUCAUCUGCGCCGGGUCCAACUUCUCCUCAGCCCUCUACUCGCACACAUCCAACCUUCUACCAUUAUCUCGGACGCGAAACCAUUGGAUACAAGAAACGGACUGUUACGCUUUGGCGCUCCAAAGUCCGCUUCAGCUGGGGCUGGGACCGAAUUCAAGGGCCCUAUAGCUCUCGCUACGCCCGGCAAACGAUUCCCAUUACUCUCCAUCGCGGCUUGACAAGGGCCUUCCGGCAUAUUUUAGCAUUGUCUGUAAGCAUGGGCCAUCAUGCACAGCAUCGUUCUCGGUCUUGUGCGGUUCCAGGCCCAGCGUGUUAUGUGACGUGUUUG